UCUACAGAUAUAUUCAGAAAAUUGAUCCAUGGUAAGCCAAGGCUGAAACAGUCAGUCUUUCUCCUCUCCCUCUUCUUGUCCUGUCUGCUGAUCCUGAACUGCUUACCCUACCCAGCUCUGCACAGGUCCUUCCUGCAGCACCAGCACCAGCGCCACUACCCGGUCCUGAAGAGACCCCUCAGCUGCUCUGGUGACAAGCCUUUCUUCCUCCUGAUCGCCAUUAAAUCCUUGGCCGAGAACGCAGACCGACGGGCAGCUAUCCGCAGCACCUGGGGGCGCGAGGGCACAGUGGGGGGUGAGCAGGUGAAGAGGGUAUUCCUCCUUGCAGAGUCCGAGGCGCAGAUCAGAAACCAGGUGGCAGGCGGUAUCUUGGAAGAGGAGAGCUCAGAGCAUGGAGACAUCCUGCAGUGGGGCUUCAAGGAGUCUUUCUUCAAUGUCACGCUCAAGGAGUACCUGUUCUGGCGCUGGUUUGGAGAGGACUGUGCUGCUGUGGCGCACUAUAUCUGGAAGGGCGACGAUGAUGUCUUUGUCAACAUUGACAACAUCAUCAGAUACCUCAAGGGCAACUCCAACCCAAAGCUCUACAUGGGGAAGGCCUUUGUAAACUGGUACCCAGUGAGGAUCUGGUGGAACAAGUAUUACAUCCCCAUGUCUAUGUACUCUGGCAAGUCCUACCCGCCUUAUAUCGGGGGCGGAGGGUACCUUCUCUCGAGGGAGUCUAUCCAGCUCCUGAGCAAAGCCUCUGCCAGGGUUCACCUGUUCCCCAUUGACGACGUAUAUGUGGGGAUGUGCGCCCAAGCGGCCAAUAUCUCAGCCCAGGACCACCCAGGCUUCAUCACAUAUGAGGACCUACCCUUUGAACCCUGUGAGUACAAGAAGCUCAUGGUGGUCCACAGGGUGCUGCCCAAUGAGCUGUACCUCAUGUGGAGCCUUGUGAAGCACCUGGGGCAUAGCUGCCCUGGUUAGGAGAAUUUGCAAGGACUGUUUCGCCAUGGUGUGCUACAGCAGAUCUGAAGGGCUGGCCUUUGUCCUACAUCUGGCCUUUGUCCUACAGGGACCGUUAAAUUGCUGCCAUCCGCACCAAACUCCCGAGUGUAAAAAGCCAAAGGGGUUUUCUAUACACCCCCCCCCCCCCCCCACCGUGUGGAGUUUUAAUGUAAUGGGUUUUUACUUUGGAUUGUUUUAAAAUUAUUAUUGAAGAACUAUUGAUCAGGAUUGUCCUUUUAUUUAUUUUUCUUCUUGCAUUUGCAUGAAUAUUCACUGAAUAAUAUUACUGUUUGAAAAUGUUUUAGAAACCUGAAAGCACUGUGAAACAUUAAGUCAUUAAAUUUUCCAAAUUCUUUUAUAGCACUGUGUAGAUGAACUGUAGAAUUAUACAGAAGGUAUGUGUAAUUGC